AUGUUUGAUAGUUUAUAUAAACAAUUACCAGAUGGUGAUGACGAAGCACAGCGAACAAAUGGCAAAAGUCUAUUAUACGAAACUUAUUGUCCCACAAAUAAUAGAGCAUAUGGAAAAUGUAAUUCUGAUUUUGAUAAAAUUAAUGCUGGUUUUGUAUAUUUAUUAGUGCAAUUAUUUGGUAAUGUUUAUUCUGAGGGGGAACAAGAAGAUUCAGGAAAUAUCCAAAAGUUACAAAAUAUUUUAAACAUCGUUAAAAAUACAUUUGAAGCGUACCGCUUCCUUUUUUAUAAUACAUAUACUGAUAUUGGCAAUAACUUAUAUAAUAAGGCGUCAUCGACCUUAGAAAAUGUUUAUGAUAAAUCUAAAAAUUUUGCUGGUAUCACGAUUAAUUAUGUGAAAGAGAAUCUUAAUAAAGCAUUAGAGAAUGACCCAUCAAGUGAUAGUAAUGGGCUAGAACCUACCCUUCUUUAUCAGAUGGUGAAAAAAAGAAUCACAAAAUAUCCCAACACCAAUACAAACUGGCCAAAGAGAUGA